CUCAAUACACCCUCGUCCAAUAAUGACUGACUGUACAGAAGUAUAUGCUCUCGUUCGCUGUAUCCAACAGCCCGUUCUUCAAACCAUGUUGAGAGGCGAAGUUGACUGUCCUCAUGUCCCUUUUCUUCCCACCUGGCAAAUGCAUCAUUCCUUUGCAAAGAUUGCCGUGAGGCAAUACACCAUACAUAACGAGUUCAGGCCAACAAUGCUCUCAGACCGGUCCGACAUUCUUCAUAAUCCAAAGCGAUAAUCCAACAUCAGCCAAGAUUGGGACGACAGAAAGCAAAGAAAUAAGAUAUUAAACGUU